AUGUCGGACAAACCCAAUAAGACUGGGAUUGAGAAAUUCAACAAACUGAAACUGAAGAAGACAGAGACUCAAGAGAAAAAUCCACUGCCUUCAAAAGAAACAAUCGAAUGGGAGAAGCAUACUGGCGAAUCAUAA